AAUUUGCCAUGGACGCAGGGUUGUCGAAGCUAGCUGACCGGCACGCUCUUUCGAACUCGGCAUUCCGUUGACAACUUGGCAGCUGCCCCUUCGGCUUCGACCGUUGACUAUAGUGGGGGAAUGAGCAACGGCGUUCUGGGGCCCUGAAAGCUCGAGCGGACCCGGGGCGGACCCUAGGCCUGUUAUAUGGCUCGUGCCCGCCUGUUUCCGCUACCUGCGCGGCGGCAUUCCUGAGCGAAGGAGCACCGAUACGCGCAGGCAUGUCGAGCGUAGCAGCGUAACAGCCUGCCAGGGCGUACCUAGGCAGCAGCACGCCUCUGAACAUCCUGAUGACGCCAGCCAGGCGCGCUGCAGCGCUGCAGCCCUCCCCCCUGUCCUGAGCCACUGAAGUGUCCCGGAUCUUGUCUUAUCAAAAUGCACGGGGCAGGACUUCAUUGCCCGGGAUGACCCCCCCCCCCCCGGGCAAGCUGUGCGGCGCGCUGCGGCUGCUGGUGUGGCUGUCUAGCGCGCGGCCGCCCCGUGGUGUCCAGGGCGCUGCUGCUGGGCCAGGACGGCGGGGGGGGGGGGGCAGCGGGUGGGCAGGACGGGGGCCGGGCAGAGGCGGCGGGCUCGGGCGGCGCGGUUGAGGGCGGGCCGCCGCACCUUCCACAGGCGCAACGGCCAUGUACGGCCACACCGUCAGCGUCGUCGACGUGGUGCGUGUUCGCGCCGGCGCAGCCCAGCAAAGCCUUAGGGCGCAGACGACCCGGACCAGCCGCCAGUGCGCCGUGCUAGUUCUUACAGCGGGCCGGCGACCGCCUCUGGUCCAUGCUGCAGCAUACAACAACUGCCUCAUCAAGGAUUGGGCGUGCUUGGAGCAGCGCCUGAUGUCGCACUGCGGCGGUGGCUUCGAGGGCUGCCGCCGCUAGGCAGUUGGCAGCCAGCCAGUGAUGUCGGCGCAUGCUCCCGUGCACGGCUGGUACUGGAGGCGUCAGCAGGUCCCUGUUGUAACCUUGGGGAGCGGGUCCGCUGGGCCUGUUGGAUGCCGUCAAAAUGGCAGGCACCGCAUCCGCAGGGAUGGGCGCGGCCUGCCCCGUGGUGGCCCCUGCUGUAUGGACGACCCCAUCAGGCAGCAAUCGCCUGCCUCGCUCUGCCCCCGACCCUUGUCGGCCUUCUGCCGCGGCCGGGGCCCUCGUGGCUGUGCGCCGGAGCGGGCGGCGGCUGGACCUGGCAGGUAGGGAGUGCACUGUCGGAGCACGGGGGGCCCGGCAGCAGCCAGCCAGCGAGCAAUUCAUAAGCGGAGGCCAGAAGCAGCCUGGAUGAAAUGAGCAGCAGUUUGCAGCAGCAUGAGGUUCAGCAGCAGGUGCACCAAGUCCGGGUGUGCAAAAUCGUCUCGGCGGCGAUCGAGAGCUCAUGAC